UUCUUUCCAAAAAAACGUGGCAGAUGGCAGUGAAAUAGUAUAAAUGGUAAUCUAACCUAUUUCAAAUAUUCAAAUAAUAAAAUGAUAUGAAGUGCAAAUUUAAUUGUAAAAGAGUAACGAAGUUUAACUAAACAUAGUUAAUAGGUUUUAUUUCUGCUAACCUAUAAAAGUAUAAUAUAACACUUUUAAUAUGUUGAUAUUUAUACGGCGUUAUGAAAAAAAUAUAAUUUUUCGAUUGUCGAAAGUAUUUAAUUCGACUUCAACAUCGAAUCAAACAGAUACAGAAACUAAUACAAAAGAAUUUCGUGUAUUAGAAUUAAUACCACGGAAAAAUAAAAUUAACAAAGUACAGAGACAAGACCAUUCACUGCCUUCAAGAUGUGACAAAAUGUCUUUUGAUCAAGAUUGGCCAUCAGUUUGGUCUGGUGCUCGUUCUUUUAAUCCCUACGUUGUUCCACUUCCUUUACAUCAAGGUUAUGUAAAAGGUAAAAAAAUACCUCCUGGUAAAUAUGGAAAUGCAGAACUUCUAAAAAUACCUAAUUUUUUACAUCUUACACCACCUGCGAUAAAAAGACAUUGUGAGGUCUUAAAACAAUUUUGCACUAGCUGGCCUAAAGAAUUAGAUACAGACGAAGAAUGUAAUCGACAUUUUCCACUCGAUAUAAUUACGUCAGAUUAUUGUUAUUCUUCUCCUACAAUAAGAGAGCCACUUGCAAGAAUUGUAAGCUUAAAAGUAAAUUUAAAUUCUCUUAUCUUGGAUAGUCAUGCUAAAGAUAAACUACUUAGAUUAGUUGGAAAUAAAUAUAAUCCAGAAACAAAUAUAAUAACAAUAACAGCUGAUAGAUGUCCAACCAGGAAACAAAAUUUGGAAUAUAUUGAAUAUCUACUUGUAGCAUUAUUUCAUGAAUCCUGGCAUAUCGAAGCUUGGGAAGCUGAAAAGUCUGAAGCUGAUAUGGAAUAUUAUGAUUGGGAUAAAAGUAAAAGUCGUCAAAAUUUGAUUGCAUUACACAGCUGGCCAGAAUCAUCUACUGAUGUAGAUAUUGAAACUAUUCCUUCUGGUGUAGAAUAUAAGGUUGCUGUGUCAGAACUCAUAAAUCAAGGAGAAGAUCAAUAUGCAUUAAACAAAUAUAAAGAAGCAGUCAAAAAUAUACUUCAUCUGAAAUGUAUUAAUCGAAAUUAAAAUAAAAAGUUAUAUACGAAA